CUCGUGGUAUGGGAGCUGGGCGCAAGCUAAAAACCCACAGGAGGAGGCAAAGAUGGGCAGAUAAAGCAUACAAGAAAAGUCAUCUUGGCAAUGAGUGGAAAAAACCCUUUGCCGGUUCUUCGCGUGCCAAUGGUAUUGUCCUAGAGAAGAUAGGCAUAGAAGCUAAGCAGCCGAAUUCUGCUAUCCAAAAGUGUGCUAGAGUUCCAAAUGAUGGCUGCUUAAAUUUCAUAGAAGAAAACGACGAGGUCUUGAUUGCUGGAUUUGGACGGAAAGGCCAUGCAGACGGUGACAUCCCCGGAGUACGGUUCAAGGUGGUGAAGGUUUCUGGUGUGUCCCUGUUGGCACUGUUCAAGGAAAAGGAGAAGCCUCGGUGUUGAGGCUUCGCUGAGUUUUCAGAUGAAUCGAUCGAACUGGCUUUUGAAGAGCUUGCUGGCGUAACCCUUCACCAUGCCUGCCAGACAUCCCAAGGGUCAAUUCUUCAAGGAGUCUACACGACUGAACUGACGUGAAGGAUGGGAUCAGGGCUGGCUCGUUCUUUCAUGGUGCAGCUCAGCUCAGCUCCUCCUCCGUGUUUCUUGAGCUUUUCUUUUGCAGGUUGGGUUCUUCAAAGCAAAAACCAAAACUGUCGAUCGUGGCCCAGUCAAAGAAGAGCACGCAGACAUGAUGCUCCCCGCGAUCGCUGGCAUUUGUUGGUCCGACAAGCCAUCUGGAAUCUGGGGUUUAGCCCCCACUCCCACCGUCGUCUGCUAAAAAGGACAGAACAAUGAUCUCGUCCCCUUCUUUUGAUCCAACUUCUCAAACUCUUAAAGCUUUAAAUCCCCUACGGUUGCUGGCCAGCUCCAAAGCCUCCCCAUAUAUUCCCCCAGCUUUCUCUCCUUCCGAGCAUUCAAAAGCUGGAAAGCUGGAGAAAAGAGUUCGAGAAUAUCAUGGCUCUUGAACAAACAAAGCCCCUUCCACCUGCUUUCCAUCAUCCAUAAGUUGGCCACAUUCACAGCCAUCGCCACCCACGAGACUCGACUCCCCUUUCUCUGUAGCAGGCAGGUUGCUCCUCUUGACCCCGGACACAACACAGGGAAAACAUGUCGUCGCUUCCCCAGUCGACGCCGAUUUCAUCCUCGGACUCCAGGGGCUCGUUCGGCCCCGUCUUCAUCGUACUCGGAGUGAUUGCUUUGCUGGCCAUCAUCGCAUGCGUCGCCGGACGGCUAUGCGCUCGACUGAUGUCGGAGCCAAAGUCUGGCUCCCGGCGCAGGCAUCAUCCCCGUGCUGUCAAAGAUAAUGACAUAGAAGACGGACUCGAGUUCGACAUUCCCACCCUGAAACCUGCUUCCAAGGUAGCCAACCGAGAUGCACAACCCGCUUGCGACGGAGCGUCGAAAUCCAGCGUCGCCACCAAGAAUGCAGCGGGUGGAGUUUCCAAGGGAGCAGCAACUCAUCCUGCUUCGUCGAUCCAAGCCAACAAGCCAAGCGCGUGAUGGAAGAAGACCUCAACUUUUGUAUCAUACACUAUACUCACAUCAUACCACACCACACCACACCACAUCCAUGGAAGCUCUCUUCACUUGUUUUCUUGCUUCGAAGCCAAGCGCACUGUCUUGUACUUUUUUUCGAUGUGGAUUUGAUUUCAAGGUUCGGCUCGGAGGGAUCAAUGCUUAA